AUGGCUUCAGUACAGGAGCAAACGAUCCUUCGGGAUCCCCAGCUAUUCUAUUGGAUCUUGUUCCCCAUCACGAUUGUCAUGGUCCUCACUGGUAUACUCCGUCACUACGCGACAGUCCUGAUGCAGUCCGCGCCCCAGAAACAAGACAUCCGUGCCAUUCGCGAGCAGCGUAACCUCCUCCACGGCAUCGCGCUCCGCACAAACCUCAACCAGCUCUCGCUGUCCUCCUUCACGGCGCGCAAGAACUACCUCGUGGCGGCCUACAACCGCGGCGAGUUCCUUAAGGACCAGGAGAACAAGGGAAAGCCGCCGGCGAACCCCAUGACGGAUCCGGCGGGGAUGGACCAGAUGAUGAAUAUGCUCAAGGGAAAUAUGGCGAUGAUGGUGCCGCAGACGCUGAUUAUGGGGUGGAUUAAUGCGUUUUUUAGUGGUUUUGUUAUUAUGAAAUUGCCGUUCCCGUUGACGAUUCGCUUCAAGAGCAUGCUUCAGUCCGGUGUCAUGACGAGGGAUAUGGACGUCCGAUGGGUGUCGUCUCUCUCCUGGUACUUCCUUAACCUCUUUGGUCUCCGCCCCGUCUUCAGCUUCAUCCUCGGAAACGACAACGCCGCAGACCAGAUGGCCGCACAGAUGGGCGGCAUGAACCCCGCCGCCGGCGCAGGCAUGUUUGCGCCGGGUCAGGACCCGCAUAAGAUGUUCCUUGCUGAGGCGGAGAACUUGGAGGUUGUGGGCGGGCAGCAUGAGUGGGUGCUUGAUGGCGUGAUUGAGAGGCUUUUGGCGGUGCAUAAUUAG